AUGUGUACUCUUUGCCAAUCUGGAUAUUAUCUCCUCAAUGGAUAGUGUGUUUAAAGUUGUCCUUCUUAUACUACUGUUAGUGGUUAAUAAUGCAUUGACAUAAUUACUAAGACUAGCUAUGGAUAAUAUUUGUAUAAGGGUAUGUUCAGUACAUACUUUGGGGAAGGUGAAAUAUCAGGAACUGGAUUAUCAUAUUCAGGAUUUUUGGGGUAUUUAGCAAAUCCAAGUAGAGCUAUGACAACUGUUUGUGGUGGGAAGAGUCUUUUAGGUGGAGCUUAUUUAAGCUCAGUAAAUUCUUACAUAAGUAAAAACUUUACUGGAAUAGCCCCUCAUAGGACAGUAUUAAUAGGUUACACAUUAUAUAAAAUUGAUAAUUGGAACAACGAAUCAAUUUAAAUGAUAGUAGAUAAUGAUGUGAAAACUACUACAACUAAGAGCGCAGGUGAUGGAACAAGUAAUAUCUGUGGAAGAGUUUCAUUCAAGGAUUAAAUUAUUUAGGUUACUAAAAACUUUACCCAUACAGCUACAUCCCUAAAUUUAAAAAUUAGUUCUACAUUAGCUUCAACCCCUUUUGAAGAAUCGUAUGUGUACUACUAAUUGCGCAGUUUGUAAUGCUUAAGGUUGUACUAAUUGCUAAACGGAUUUUUAUCUUUACAACUUCUAAUGCCUAAGCUAAUGUCCUAGUAACUAUGCUCCUGA